AUGGCCGCCCAACAAACCCCCAAGCAGCGCCUCGCGCUCGCCAUCUGCGACUUCCUCUCCACCUCCACCACAGACGGCACCCUCACCGCCGACGACAAGGACUCCAUCGACGUGGCAAUCAACUGCAUCGCCGAGUCCUUCAAGGUCGACCCCUCCGACGAGGCCGCCGUCAAGGCCGCCGUCGGCCCCCAGAAGCUCAUCAACGUCUUUUCCCUCUACGAGAAGCUCAAGCCAAAGGACGAUAGCAACAACACCUCCUCAUCCUCCUCAACAUCCGCCGACCAAUCCUCUUCAUCCUCAUCCUCCGUCCCCGAACCCACCGACGCCCAAAAGAAAGAAGCCGAAUCCCUCAAAUCAAAGGGCAACGCCGCCAUGGCCCAAAAGGACUACGCCGCCGCCAUCGACCUCUACACCCAGGCCCUCGCCCUCCACCCCCGCAACGCAGUCUUCCUCUCCAACCGCGCCGCCGCCCACUCCGCCGCAAAGGACCACGCCUCCGCCCGCGUCGACGCCGAGGCCGCCGUCGCAAUCGACCCCUCCUACACAAAGGCCUGGUCCCGCCUCGGCCUCGCCCGCUUCGCCCUCGGCGACCCAAAGGGCGCCAUGGAGGCCUACCAGAAGGGCAUCGAGUACGAGGGCAACGGCGGCUCCGACGCCAUGAAGAAGGGCUACGAGACCGCCAAGCGCCGCCUCGAGGAGCUCGAGGCCGAGGAUAACGUCGCCUCCCGCGGCGCCGGCGCCGGCGCCGGAGCUGGCGGCGGCAUGCCCGACUUUAGCAACCUCGCUUCCAUGUUCGGCGGCGGCGGUGCUGGCGGCGGCGGCGGCGGCAUGCCCGACUUGAGCUCCAUCAUGAGCAACCCCAUGUUUGCCAGCAUGGCCCAGAACCUCAUGAGCAACCCGGACCUCAUGAACAACCUGAUGAGCAACCCUCGCCUUCGCGACAUGGCCAGCCAGUUCAGCAGCGGAGGCGGCAUGCCCGACUUGGGAUCCCUCAUGUCCGACCCCAACAUUGCCGAGAUGUAAGCUGU